UGAGGGAAUAAGAAUAUCCUUUUGCCCCCUCGUCCACUGUCAGCAUGGAGUUCUCCACACACUUCACAAAGCCGAGCAUCUUAAUUCCAAUUAUAAUUAAGCCACUAAUAAAAAAAAUGCAAUUUUCAUAAAUGCACUUCUUAGACACAAUGCCUAAAACAGAACACACAUGCAUCAAAUAGCUGAGCUUCUAACAUUAACUACUGCAGAUAUAACAAUAUUAGCUUUGAUUUUGACACAGCUCCAAAUCACCUUACUAGUUGAGAUAAAGGAAACAACUUCCUCGGCUUACUUGCGCUGCCUGCCAUGUGGAUGCCUAUUUUUAGAAUCACGUAUGGACGCUUGAGUUUACUUCCGGUCUGUAGUAAGAACCGCGCACGCAGCGUGAAACGGGUGCCUGUCAUUUUAAGGGAUUGAAAAAAAAGUAUUACCAGGUCUCAUACUUUAAAAAGAUUACGUCCAAGAUGAGUUUAUUUGGAGGAACAUCAUUUGGUCCGACAAGUGUUUUUGGGAGUACCACUACUGCAAACACUAAUCCCAUGAAAGACAUAGAAGUGACUUCACCUCCUGAUGACAGUGUCAGCUGUGUCAAGUUCAGCCCUGGUGUUUUGCCAUCCACUUUUCUUAUUGCCAGCAGUUGGGAUAACAAGGUCAGCUGUUGGGAGGUGCAGCAGAGUGGCCAGACAAUCCCCAAGGCACAGCAGACACAUGCAGGACCAGUUUUAGACGUAGACUGGAGUGAUGAUGGGACAAAGGUUUUUACAGCAUCUUGUGACAAAACUGCAAAAUUAUGGGAUUUAAACAGCAAUCAGUUUGUUCAAGUAGCUCAGCAUGAUGCUCCAGUGAAAACUGUUCACUGGAUUAAGGCACAGAACUACAGCUGUCUUAUGACAGGCAGUUGGGACAAGACUUUGAAGUUUUGGGACACAAGAUCAGCUAAUCCUAUUCUAACUGUUAGCCUCCCAGAGAGAUGCUACUGUGCAGAUGUGAAAUACCCUAUGGCAGUAGUUGGAACAGCAGGUCGUGGACUUAUCAUAUAUCAACUUGAAAAUCAGCCUCAGGAAUUUAAACGAAUGGAAUCUCCUCUAAAAUAUCAGCAUCGGUGUGUCAGCAUUUUUCUAGACAAAAAAAGUAACGCCCCAACAGGCUUUGCUCUGGGCAGCAUUGAGGGUAGAGUGGCCAUUCAGUAUGUCAAUGCCACAAACCCCAAAGACAACUUUACCUUCAAGUGCCAUCGGUCAAAUGGAACUACCAACAAUGUUCAGGAUAUUUAUGCUGUGAACGACAUUGCUUUUCAUCCUGUCCAUGGGACAUUAGCCACAGUUGGCUCUGAUGGCCGUUUCAGUUUCUGGGACAAAGAUGCCCGCACAAAGCUAAAGACAUCAGAACAAUUUGACCAGCCCAUUACAACUUGUAACUUUAAUGCUCAAGGAAAUAUCUUUGCCUACGCUUCCAGCUACGACUGGUCCAAGGGCCAUGAGGGAUAUGAUCCACAGAAAAUGAAGCCCCAUAUCUUUUUACGCCCCUGCUUUGAUGAACUGAAGCCUUCUAAGCGUACCUAACUGCAUUUCAUUGAGCAUCUGAAAGAUGUUUCUCAAGGCAGUACUUCAGAAAGUAACACGAAGGAAGGUGCUCCUUGUGUCAAAAGUAGAGAGAUUAACUGCAGAGAGACUGCAGAGUGCCUACAAUGAAAACAUGCUUUUGACACAGUGUUUAUGGCAUGUGCUGUUUCCUAAAGGACCAGUUUUUGUCAUGUUCUAUUUCACAGCUCAGCUACAGAAAAAGGUGGAGCACAUGAGCUGUAUUUGUCAAACAUUACCCAGCAAAGAAGUGAAGAAGAGAUAUAAGAAUGCUUCAAACUGCACACAGUGAUCUUGAGGAUUUGACAUCAGUUAUGAUAUAAAGAUGAACGUUGCAUGCUUACAAUAUACAAGAUUUUGUUCACACUUUUUUUCAGCUUAUGCCAUUUAGAAUUUGUAUCUCCUAAAGUCUCCAGCUAGACCAUUCAGAAGCUGUUCAUUGUUCUACAUGAGAUGCUCAGAUCUUUUGCUUUAUCACCAUCAAAGAGAGUUGUCAGGCUUAGACUAGUCUUUAGUCUGUGCAGCUUUGUCUUAAGACCUUGUCAGUCUGGCAUGCAAUGGAUCCAGCAAGCAACAUUCAGCAGUCAAGAUAUACGAAUCAGAGCAUCAUGUUUUUGCAUGGGUGUGUUUGUGUGUGUGAUGUAUGUUAGUGUGUCUAUGAUUGGUGUGUGUGUGUUUUUUUUUUCGUAUGUAUGGAUGUCUCUCAUGGCUUGUUAGACCUGGUAUAAAAAAUUACUUUUAAUACUUGAAAGGAAAAUUGUUAAGAAUUUCAUGUGCAAGUGGAUGCUCAGUUUUUCCCACAAUAUUUGAUGAUAGCUUUGUUUAUAAAUCACUUAUUCUUUUAAUUUUUGGGGGAGGUAGUUAGCAAUUAAAUUGUUAGAGAAGAUUUAAACUUUGUAUUUUGUUAUAUUCAAUGGAAUAUUAAAGCUUGAAAUAUAG